AUGGAUUCGCUGGCUUUGGGCUGCUGCACCGCGGCCUUCAUCAUUCUGUUCCUGCCUUUGAGCGCUUCCGAUGAUCGGCUUGUCCCUGGCAAGCCGUUGGCCCUCGGCAACACCAUCGUUUCUGACGACGGCGUGUUCGCCUUGGGCUUCUUCAACCCCUCCAACUCCACUCCAGCCAAGCUGUACCUUGGCAUAUGGUACAACAAUAUCCCUGAGCUCACAGUUGUGUGGGUUGCCAACCGUGAAACCCCAAUCACCAACAGCUCUUCCUAUGCACUUAUGCUCUCUCUCACCAACGCCCUCAAUCUCAUUAUCUUGGAAGGUAAUAAUGGUGGUCGUGUCCUUUGGACGACGGCCAACGUGACCACUUCCCCGGCAGGAUCGUCUACCCCGACGGCAGUGCUUCUGAACAGCGGCAACCUCGUCAUCCGGUCGUCAAAUGGCUCCACAGUGUGGCAGAGCUUCGAUCACCAGACAGACACGCUCCUCCCAGGGAUGAAGAUCCGGAUCAAAUACAACACGGGCGGUACUGGCGAUCGUCUGGCAUCGUGGAAGGGCCCCGGAGACCCCUCGCCGGGGCGCUUCUCCUAUGGUGUUGACUCGGACACGCCCCUCGAAGCAUUCCUAUGGGAUGGGGGGAUCGUGGUAUCCCGUAGUUCCCCAUGGACGGGGUACCACGUGAAGAGCUUUAAGCAACAACAACUAGAGGUGGCCAUGAACGGGAGUGAUGUUAUCAUGUAUGUAUCGUUCGUCGACAACGGCGAUGAGAUCUAUGCCACAUAUAGCCUCUCUAACGGCGCCCCGCCCGUAAGGUCAGUGUUGAAAUAUUCUGGUCAGUAUCAAACUGAGAUCUGGAGUAGCAACUUGUCGGUGUGGGUAGUUCUAAUGAAGUGGCCAUCUGCUGAAUGCAAUCUCUAUGGUUAUUGUGGCCCAUAUGGCUACUGCGACGAGACAGUGGCACCAAUCCCAACUUGCAAGUGCCUAGACGGCUUCGAGCCAUCAAACAAGGAGGAGUGGACCCGUGGCAAGUUCUUGGCGGGGUGCCGGCAGAAGGAUCUGUUGCAAGGGUGCAGCGAUAGCUUCUUGGCCUUGUCGAGGAUGAAGUCACCAGACAAAUUUAUGCUCGUCGGAGGGGGCAGAAGUACAUCUGAGGAGUGUGCGGCAGAGUGCAGACGCAACUGCUCCUGUGUGGGGUACGUGUAUCGCAAUGUCAGUAGCGGUGGGUUCAGAAGAGACGCGACGAUGUGCUUGGUGUGGGCUGGGGAUUUGAUUGACACCGGAAAGAUAGGCACAGAAAUCGGUGGAGAGACACUCUAUUUCCGACUUGCAGGUAUAAAUGCAGCAGGGUGUUGCAACGCCAUGCAAACAAAUAGGAAAGUAGUAAUGCAGGUUUCUUUCUUAUGCCUAUGGUUUUCUUAUUGGAAGGGUAAUGACUAUUACAUUGUCAGAGCAGGCAAGAACAAAAAAUGGAGAAUGCACAAGAAUAUAAGGUUGGGUGGUAUGAGUGCCUCUAAUGAAACCAGGGAAGACAACCCUCCUCAUGAUCAAGAUUUUCCAUUCGUAAGAUUAGAAGAAAUUGUCCUCGCAACCCACAAUUUCUCUGAAGCAUGUAAGAUUGGACAAGGAGGAUUUGGCAAAGUCUACAAGGGACUAUUAGGUGGUCAAGAAGUCGCAGUCAAGAGGCUAAGUAAAGAUUCUCAACAAGGAACAAAAGAAUUCAAGAACGAAGUAAUUUUAAUUGCAAAAUUGCAACAUCGAAACUUGGUUCGACUUCUUGGUUGUUGUGGUGAAGGAGAUGAAAAGCUCUUGAUAUAUGAGUAUCUGCCUAAUAAAAGCUUAGAUGCUACCCUUUUUGAUGACUCAAGAAAAUUGUUGUUAGAUUGGACAACACGGUUUAAUAUAAUCAAAGGGGUAGCAAGGGGGCUAUUGUAUCUUCAUGAAGACUCAAGGUUCACAAUAAUUCAUAGGGACCUGAAAGCUGGGAAUAUUUUGUUGGAUGCACAUAUGAAACCCAAGAUAGCUGAUUUUGGUAUGGCGAAGAUCUUUGGUGAUAACCAGCAAAAUGCAAAUACUCAACGCGUAGUUGGAACAUAUGGCUACAUGGCUCCUGAGUAUGCAAUGGAAGGUGUCUUCUCUACCAAAUCUGAUGUCUACAGCUUUGGGGUGUUACUACUAGAGGUUGUAACUGGUAUAAGGAGAAAUUCUGAUUGUGAAACCAUGGGAUUUCCUAGCCUCACAGUCUAUUCAUGGAAUAAGUGGAAUGAAGAGAAGACUGAGGAACUGCCAGACUCAUCUAUAAUAGAUACUUCACCAGACGAAGUUUUGCUUUGCGUCCAUGUUGCACUCCUAUGCGUCCAGGAGAACCCAAAUGAUAGGCCAUGCAUGUCAUCUGUUGUGUUCGUGCUAGAGAAUGGAAGCACCACACUUACAACCCCCAAUCGUCCUGCCUACUUUGCGCGACGAAGUGCUGAACUGGAUCAAAUAAGAAAUAUUCAGACUUCUAUAGUCCAUGAAAGAAGCAUGAUUAGGGACGCCUUAGCUUGGCGGUUUGGCGUGUCUUUGUCACAGGCCUUUGAUGACACCAAGGUCGGCGUCAAAGGCCUCGUCGCUGCGGGUGUCACCACUAUCCCCUUCAUCUUCCACCCCAAGGUCGUCAUGUCAGAGAUUCUCACGGCAUUGCCGGGCUUCCACGAGGAGCCGACAAAGGCCAAGGCACCCUACUACAACUGGGGCUCUCACCGGCGCAUGAGGUACUAG